GAUGAGCUGGAUUAAUUCGAGCAAGCGAACGGGACGGAGUCGGAGACGGGAAACGGAAACAACUCAGGACUGAACGGCAACCGAAUGAGCCGUAGCUCCCAAAAAGCCAUCGAAAUAUAUUUAAGAUAACAAUACUGCAUCGAGCUGAAAAGGCAUACAUGUACUAGUCGUGCUGCGUUUUUGGAAGGAAAGAUGAUUUCGCCGUGGGACAGAUGGUACACGACCAGCUGCUGCCUGUGUUGUCAUGUACGGACGGGCACCAUUAUCCUGGGCAUCUGGUAUAUGCUCAUCAAUGCAGUGGUUUUGUUAAUCCUGUUAUCGGCUCUUAAUGACCCGGUCCAGUACCACUACCACCUCACCAGCUCCGAACUUGGCACAGAUUUGGACGUCAUGGAUGAUGCAAACAUGUGCAUUGCUGCUGCAAUCUCGUUGCUGAUGAUUUUGAUUUGUGGAAUGGCAACCUACGGUGCAUAUAAGCAACAUGCUGCAUGGAUCAUUCCUUUCUUUUGCUACCAGAUCUUCGACUUUGCUCUUAACACACUGGUAGCAAUAAGUGUUGUGGUUUACCCCAAUACCAUACAGGACUAUCUUCAGCAGUUGCCUGGGACCUUUCCAUACAAAGAGGACUUGAUGUCCACAAACAACAUGUGCCUAGUACUAGCAGUGCUCCUCUUUGUUGGAUGCAUCUUAGCUUUCAAGGCAUACCUUAUUGCCUGUGUGUGGAACUGCUACAGAUACGUCAGUGGAAGAAGCACGACUGAGGUUCUGGUUUAUGUCACUACAAAUGACACUACAGUACUACUUCCACCCUAUGAAGAGGCGAUCGCUAUCCCGCCGAAGGAUCCUCCUCCUCAGUACGUUUCGGCUUGAGGAUCGCGCGCUCUCUUAACACAACACUCCUCCAACAAACCCUCUCCAAAGAAACAAUCUUCUCUCACGAAGCCUAUUGCGUCGCCCCGGUCUGCCGUUUGUCUCAGUGUGACGUAAGUCUCUUUCCUCUUCUCCGGAGGCAGCGGUUUGACUUUGAGAUGCCCUUCCCUUCUCUUCGACAAGGCUGCCCAGCUGUCCUGGCAAACCCAACGCUCUGCGUCAGCUCCAAUCUCAAUUGCACUUUCGGCGAUUAUGUGUGGCACUGGCCUUUUCAAUACUGUGAACUUGUCGGUAGUGUUGCCGUCUACUGAUAUUCCUGAGAUUUGAAUGCGGUGUGCAUGAUAAACACAGAAGUAAACAUGUAAGAGCACUUUUUUUUUCAGAUGGCAAUUAAAAAUAUGCUGAAUGUAGGAGCCGGCGUUUUCGCGUCUAUUUCGUUGUACUGUACGAAUAUAAAAGGAAAAUUUGCAUCCGGUUAAACUAAAUUGAUUAGAAAUAAUUGUGAAUCAUUUCAUCUAACAAAGUCUUCCUUUAUUGACUUGAUAUAUAUAUUAGGGCUGACGAUAGUGGAAUAAUCUGACAUUGCGAUAUUUUAUUUAGCUGCGAUUUAUAUUGCAUUAUAAAAAAGAUAUAAAUUAAAAGAAAUAAGAUACAGUAAUACAAAACGAUACGAUAAUGACAGAUCACAAAAUCAGCGAUUAAUCACAAGAAAACUAUCCACAAUAUAUCAUGAUAUUUGUAAACGAAGAGGGAAAAAUGCAUCAAAAAGUUAUAAGAUGUACUUCUUUUAUUAACAGCACAUUUAUUUUUAAAAAUUGCAGCAUUGAUAAAUGUUCGAUCUGCCAUUAUGAGAAGCGCCACCUCAUGCAUUUGUCCUGCCCCUAUUAUUAAAUAAUGUAAUGUAAUGUAAAAUGGAAACACUGAAUUCAUUGCUGAUCAACUAUAAUAAUCCCAGCUCCACAUUGCAGAUGCGGCGAUGUGACUAUUGCAAAUGCACACAAUGCGAUUUCGAUGCUGAAACCAUAUAUUGUGCAGCUCUAAUAUAUAUAUUAAAAAGUUUUAAACAAACGAUGCAAUCAUAUUCUCUUUUUUGAUUAACCAAUUGCUAAUUAUUACUUUUAGAUGGUGUAUAAUGUGGCAGAGACCGGAUGAUUCUGCUUCUUGUGAGCUGUUAAAAAGCUGUAAACUCAUAAUAUGUGACGACUCUGGUUUAGGUAGGAAAUCAAGUUGAAUUUUGAUUCUGUUGACUAUAUUUGUUGAUAUUAAAGGACUUGUCAUUUGUUUUCUUAAAAAAAAGAAAAAGAAAAGAGAUUAGGGUCAAAUUUUUUUGUGAAUUUUCAUAAUUUCCAGGCAUAAUGUAGUUACAAGAAAUAAAAAAAUAUGUUGAUUAACUUGAUUUAAAAAAAGAAAUCUUGAUCAUCUUUUCAGUCCGGUUUAUUAUAGUUAGCUGAAAUCAUUAAACAACAUUUUGUUGCUUGAAAUAAAUGUUAACUGAACUGAAAAUUGAUCAAAUAAAAUGUACUUAGUUUCAACAUAUUUAUAAGUCAUUCAGUUUAAAAUAAAGCUAAAAUAAAAUAAAACUAUAUUACAGUUGUAUAGACGUCUUUAAAAAGUUACAAUGAGAAAAACACAUAUCCAAAUUAAUAAAGCUUUCAUCAAAAUAAUAGUCUAAACUAAUGUAAACAAUUAAGACAAACUAAAGUCAUACUAAAAACAUAACUAUGUAUCCAAAUAACUGUCAUCAUGGCAAAACUUGAACCCUAAAUUCAUAAAAAAAAAAUCAAACUAAUAAUGCACAUUUUAAUAAUAAAAUAAAUGUUUCUAAACGUGAUUUUUGAAAACAAGUGGCAAGACCCUUCAUAUUUGUGGUAAUCAACAACAUGCCACAAAUACUGUCAACAAAAGCAUUAAACCAGGCAGUGCUCAAAUGAAUAAAUGGGAGUUGUGUGUGUGCGCGUGUGUGUGUGUGUGUGUGUAAGAAAACACAUCAUUGUUGGGGGUUAUUCUCUUGGUCUGAGAAGUAGCGUCACUUUUUUUUCCCUGUCAUCAUCACUAUGUUACAAGUUGUGACCGCAGACUGCAAUAUUUUUGCACAAAUGAAUAUUAUUCAUUCAUGUUGUUGUCUGUGAUGAACGAUGUGUGUGUGUUAAUCACGAAAAGCAAACGAUGUGACCCUGACAGUAGAUCUAUGACACUGGCAUUUCCCCCAGUCCACCUUCUAGCUUGACGUAGCUUCUAUUAUUGGGAACAUAAUUGAUUUCUUUUUUAUAUACAGUGGCUAUGCAAAGGUAUUUUGUAACAUGUAUCCAUAGCUGAAAAUGAAUAUGUCCUUGCAUUUAUUCAUCACAGUUACAUUUAGAUAUUAAGGCGUUAAGAAAAGUGUUCGAAACUGACAGAUGUAGACAUUCACUUUCAUUGUUCUGUGCGUAGACGUUCACUUUUAAUUCAGCGUUUAGCGUUCAAAAUGUUUGGAAUAUCGCUUUUUGGAAUCGAGCGUGACCGGUCCGAUUUGUUAUAAUAUUCUCACGAUAUUUCUCAAGAAAAUGAAGUAAUUAUCAGUGGAUAUUACUAAAUGAAACCCAGAACAAUGUUUGUCAGUAGGUAGAAAGUCUGUGAGUGUUUGUCUUUUGUCUUAUUACACAUUCUGUAUUGGGUUGACACUGGCUUAUGUCUCCUUUGUAAACAAUAAAAUAUUCCAGUAAUGCUUCA